GGUCUGGGUGUCACAGAGGGCUCGGUGUACUCAAGAGUUUGUACAGAGAUCUUCAAACGAGAGUGUGUGAUCUUCCACAAACCAAUCUACUGCUUUGUUCAUCUAAGCAUUCAGGAGUUUCUGGCUGCAGUCUACAUGUUCCACUGUUUCACCAACAGGAAGACAGAGGUGGUGGAGAACUUCCUAUGUCCCCAGGUGGGAAACUUCAUCUGGGAUGAGGAGGAAGAGUAUGAAGAUGAUGAUAGUGAUACUGAUAAUUAUAGUGAUGAUGAAGGAUUAGUGAAUGAUUACGUGGAUCCAAGAGAGGUCUGGGACCAGAGCACUAUGAUGAGAACGCAGAUGAUUUACUUCCAAAAGAUAACUUCUAUGACCAAGAAGCUUUUUGGAAGGGAUCUCCGAUCAUACGAUGCAUUUCUGAACAGAGUCAUGGAGAAAUUCCUCCAGAGUAAAAAUGGCCACCUGGACCUGUUUGUUCGCUUCCUUCAUGGCCUCUCUCUGGAGUCCAACCAGAGACUCUUAGGAGGUCUGCUGGGUCAAACAGUGAUCAGUACAGAAAUCAUCCAGAGAGUCAUCAACAACCUGAAGAUGAUGAACAGUGAUAACAUGUAUCCUGAUAGAAGCAUCAACAUCUUCCACUGUCUGAUGGAGAUGAACGACCUCUCAGUACAUCUGGAGAUACAAGAGUUCCUGAAGUCAGAGAACAGAUCAGAGAAGAAACUCUCUGAGAUCCAGUGCUCAGCGCUGGCCUUCAUGCUGCAGAUGUCAGAGGUGGUUCUGGAUGAGUUUGACCUUCGGAGGUACAACAUAUCAGAGCAGGGACAACUGAGACUGAUUCCAGCUGUGAGGAACUGCCAAAAGGCUCGACUGACUCAGUGUCGACUCUCAGAGACUCAGUGUGAAGUUGUGGCCUCUGCUCUGAAAUCCAACCCCUCCCAUCUGACACAACUGGACAUGAGUUUAAAUGACCUGACGUUUUCAGCAGUGAAGCUUCUCUGUGCUGGACUGGAGAGUCCCAACUGUCGACUCAAGACUCUGAGGUGAGUUCACUGACAGCAGAUGUUCUUGUUUUUCUAUAUUUCAGAUCUUUGAUUGAUGUUCAUAAAUGUUCAGGAUGUUGUCAUGUAAUUAAUAUACUCUUAGUGCUUGUUUUCUGAUUAUAUUGUUUUAUGUACUUUAAUAAUGAAGGGUUGUAAAGCAAGGCCACUUGUGACUCACAACCUAAGUGCUCAGCCAGACUGAAAAACAGGAAGUUAGUAUAGAGCUAUACUAGCAUAUUAAUAAAUACAGGAAGCCAGACAAAAAAGAGGAACUUGUACCAUAUAAGCAGUGUUUGUAUCAUCAUCAUCAUCAUCAUUGUUUAUUUAUAUAGUACUUUAAAAACACGCAAGGAUGACCAAAGUACUGAACAAUAGAAACAUAAUAGUUACCAUAAGAAUAAUAAAUACGAUAAAAUAAUGAAUAUAGCAAAAACAAUAAAAUACAAGUUAGUCAACCACAGAGUCAAAAGCCAGUGAAUACAAAUGUG